AAUUAUCGGAGCUUGAUAAAAUUACAAAAUUUUUUUUUUAAAUAAAGCACAUGUACCCACUUUUAACAAAUUCUUCAUAAAGCAUACAAUAACAAUAAGACAAGUGGUGCACAUACUCCCCCCCCUCAUCAGUUGCAUAAAAGCUGUUCCCAGAUUUCUCAUUCAGAUUCAGGCCAACAACUACGAACGGCGAACUGCGGCUGCUGCACUCUGCGAUUGACGACAACUAAUGGGUUUAUUACUGCAUGUAUUCAAAUGGGACAAGCGUUGGCAACUGCUGCAUAAAUGUGAUAUAUUGGUGAAACGUAGCAUUAAAAAGCAGGCCGCCAGUUCAACGAAACUUGCUGAGGUUGGUCGCCUAUUGGACGCCAAGGAGGGUAAAUAUGAUACUGGACAAUUGUUCCUGCACCGCAUCUUCGGUUAUCGGGGCGUCAUACUGUUCCCAUGGACGGCUCGUGUUUAUGACCGCGACUUGCACAAUCCUAGCAGGCAGACAACAACCACGACAACAACGGUGACAGCAGCAGCAACAACAACACCGGCAACAUCCAACACAGAGGCUUCAUCCAUUAUAGUUAAGGCUGGACACAGCGACAAUAGCACGGCAACAACAAGUGCAGCACCUCAAGCAGAUGCUGCAGCUUCAGCAGCAGCAUGGCAAGCGAGCACCAGCACCAACACUGCUGCCGAUGCACAGCAGAGUACCACCAAAGUGGGUACCGCGACUCCGAUAACAAGCAACAACAACAACAAUAAUAAAGCAAGCGCAGUUGAUGCCAAAGAGGUUAAGGGUAAAACGCAGACAUUUUAUCAGGUGCUCAUCGAUACCCGGGACUGUCCACAUAUUCGCGCGCAAACGGAGGCUGUUACUUUUCUGGGCAAUCAGGAUUCGAAUCGCAGCCUGUAUGCUAUACCUGGACUGGAUUAUGUGGCGCACGAUGACAUCAUGCCCUAUUCGUCCAACGAUAAGCAGCCGUUGCAGCAUGAACUAUUCGACAAGUUUUUGACGCAUACGCCAGACGCCGAGCCGCCUUUUGUGAGCCAAGAAACGCUCAAGGCGUGGCAAGAGAAGAAUCAUCCUUGGCUGGACAUGAGCGAUGUUCACAAGGAGACCACGGAGAAUGUUCGCAUCACCGUCAUACCCUUCUAUAUGGGUUGCCGCGAGACGCCUGCCUCUUCCGUCUACUGGUGGCGUUACUGCAUUCGCUUGGAGAAUCUGGGUGAGCUGAGCGUUCAGCUGCGUGAGCGACAUUGGCGUAUCUUCUCAUUGUCGGGCACUUUGGAGACGGUGCGUGGACGCGGGGUUGUUGGCCAGGAGCCCAUACUCAGUCCACGAUUGCCCGCGUUCCAGUACAGUAGUCAUGUGAGCCUGCAGGCGCCCAGUGGUCAUAUGUGGGGUACCUUCCGUUUGGAACGUGAGGAUGGUUACUCCUUCGACUGCAAGAUACCGCCCUUUUCGCUGGAAUCGAAACCAGACGAUGUUAAUGCGCCACCCGUUGGUGGAGCGUCGUCGACACGCGAUGACAGCGAUUAAGCAGAUUUACUAGCAGAGUUGUUAUUAUCGUAGUUUGCCAUAUUUGCAACUCAACCAAGUUAAUAUAUUCAUCAUUCAGGAAGUACAUGUGUUUAGGACAAAUUAAAAAUAUAUAUUUAACGAACAUCUCA